AAACCAAGGUCAUCAAUUUGAUGAUACUACCAGUGUAACCAUGGUCACAAAAUUACGGUACCAUCAUAACUGGAUUUUUAUCACGAUUCGUGUUAACUAAACCCGGGGCUGAUACUGAGCUGAUAAGCCACCGAAAAGAAAACUUUAGUAUUCCAGUCUCCACUCUCCAGUAAUCGGUUGAUCCAGAGUCCGGUAAAUAGUAGUUAGUGUCCUUGUCUAUGCGGUUGUCCUGUCAAAGACCAAAGUAUAAUUCUGCAGUGUACUAUUUUGAUCCACGACUGUCCAGUGUCCAACCCGACAAAAAAACCUAUUCUGCGAGCAACUAUCCACACGAUUUAAGACUGUUAGACUUAAAUUACGGUGCUAUCGAACCGUCGUACCGUAGACUAUAGAUAAUUAAGUGUACCUAUAAUUAGUGUGUACAAUUUUAUUUGAAUUUUAAGAAAACGAAAUACUCAGUUUUCAAAAUGAGCAGCAAGGUGGUAAACGAGAGUAGCAUGUUCUACAUUGACUUUUGUCCAAAUUGCUCCAACAUUCUUCACUUGGAUGAGUAUUUGGGAGAGAUGAGACAGAAAUGUCAAGUAUGUCCGUACUUCUCAACAAUCAAAAACGUCAUGCUUGCCUCCCGAUCGUUUUACAAACUAAAAGAAAUAGAUUCAGUUCUGGGUGGCAAAGCUGCUUGGGAAAAUGUGGAUUCAAUUGAUGUAGUUUGUAAUUCAUGCAAUCAUGGCAGAGCAUACUUUUUACAAGUUCAAACUAGAUCAGCAGAUGAACCUAUGACUGUUUUCUAUAAAUGCUGUAACUGUGGACACAGAUGGCGAGAAUAAAUUGUUGACAAAAAUACAUAUUGUAAUGCACUUUUUGAUUAUUAAACAUUAUAAAAAAUCCCUAAUUAAUAUUAAUAAUAUACUAAAAUAAAUAACACAUGAUUUGUAGUUUUAAAA